AUGGCUCGCGGUUAUGAUUCCAAUCCCUUUGAAGAAGAGGAAGUGAACCCUUUUGCGGACAACGGAGCUCGAGGAAAGGGCCAAUCAAACUAUGGCAGUGGUGCAUUUUUUAUGACAAAUCCUGGGAGUGUUCCUCCAGCUAACUCAAAGCUUUCACCUCUUCCACAUGAGCCAGCUGCAACAGUUGACAUUCCACUAGAUAGCUCUAAUGACUUGAAAAAAAUGGAGAAGGAACUCAAAGCUAAAGAGGCUGAAUUGAAGAAAAGGGAGCAGGAAUUGAAGAGGAGGGAAGAUGCUAUUGCCAGAGCUGGAGUUGUCAUAGAAGAAAAGAAUUGGCCUCCCUUUUUUCCUAUUAUUCACCAUGACAUCGCAAAUGAAAUUCCUAUCCAUCUUCAAAAGAUACAGUAUGUUGCAUUUACAUCAUUUUUGGGUAUAUUUGCUUGUCUUCUAUGGAAUAUUGUGGCUGUUACCUUAGCUUGGAUCAAAGGGGAAGGCCCAACAAUCUGGUUUCUUGCUAUUAUAUACUUCAUAUCAGGUGUUCCCGGAGCCUACGUUUUGUGGUAUCGUCCUCUGUAUCGUGCAUCGAGGACUGACAGUGCACUGAAGUUUGGUUGGUUUUUCUUGUCUUACUUGUUUCAUAUUGGCUUCUGCAUUGUUGCUGCUGUUGCACCUCCAAUAUUUUUCAAGGGGAAAUCUUUGACUGGUAUCUUAGCAGCUAUUGAACUCCUAACAUCAAAUGUCUUGGUGGGGGUAUUUUACUUCAUCGGAUUUGGACUUUUUGUAAUAGAGUCAUUGAUCAGCAUUUGGGUUAUUCAGCAAGUUUAUACAUACUUCCGAGGCAGUGGCAAAGCUGCAGAGAUGAAGAGGGAUGCUGCGAGAUCAACUAUGAUGGCAGCAUUGUGA